AAAAUGCAUCCAGAAUCCGGAAAGCCUGGCCAGGAAGAUGGAACUGAGCAUGGGAGUGUGCCAGAGGAAUCGGAAGAGUCUUCAGGGGACUGUAGAAACGGAGAGAGUGUGCUGAUAAACAAUGCAGAGAUUAAGCCUAAGGAGAAAUUGACAGACACUACAGAAAAAUGGUUCCAAAGUGAGCAGAAGCAAAGCGGAGAUCAAAACUCAACCACCCAUUCCCCAAGCCAAAAAGCUAAGGAAAAGGAGAAUUGUCAUAGAAUGACCAAAAGUUUCCUUAGAAAACUUUGCAAGGAUCAAAAGUUAUAUAUGACUCCAGCAUUGAAUGACACACUUUAUUUACACUUCAAAGGUUUUGACUGCAUCGAGAACCUGGAAGAAUAUACAGGAUUACGGUGUCUUUGGCUAGAAUGUAAUGGGAUACAGAAAAUUGAAAACUUAGAGGCACAAACAGAAUUACGUUGCCUCUACUUGCAAUUAAAUUUAAUUCAUAAAAUUGAGAACCUUGAAGCCUUAAAGAAACUGGAUUCCCUAAACCUCAGUAAUAAUUAUAUCAAGACCAUUGAGAACUUGUCCUGUCUUCCAGUUCUAAAUACACUGCAAAUUGCCCACAAUCAUUUGGAAACUGUGGAAGAUAUCCAGCACCUAAAGGAUUGCAUCAGUAUCUGUGUUCUGGACCUUUCCAAUAACAAGCUGAGUGAUCCUGAUAUCCUCUGUGUGCUGGAAGCCAUGCCUGAUCUGCGUGUAUUGAAUUUGAUGGGAAACACAGUAAUAAAGAAAAUUAUGCACUACAGAAGAACAGUUACCAUUCGACUAAAAGUACUGACCUAUCUGGAUGAUAGGCCCGUUUUUCCAAAGGACAGAGCCUGUGCAGAAGCCUGGGCCAAAGGAGGGAGUGAAGCUGAGAAGGAAGAGAGGGGAAGAUGGGAAACCAAAGAGCGGAAGAAGAUUGAAGAGAGUAUUGAAGCGCUGGCCACAAUUAGGCAAAGAGCAUUGGAGAAAAAGAGACAGAGAGAAAUGGCAGAAAAAGGAGAGAUUGCACUGUCCAGCAAGAGCCAGAGCGCAGAUUCAGGCACAGAAGGAAGUCAGAAGCCCCCUGCUCAAGAUGAAGUACAGCAGAAAAUAGAGAAAUUUGUUCAAGAGAGUUUUGAUGCCCAGGAGGAAGCCUUUCCUGAAGACUCAAAUAUGAAAAAUAAGCAACCUCUAGAAGCAAAAGGAGAAAACCAAGAGAAGAGCUCAGAAUCAGAUUUUCAAGAGAAAGAUGCAAAGCCCUCAGACUCCAGCGCUGCACAGAAAGAAUCAACAUUAAAAGCUCUGAGUAUGGAGAAGACAGACCUGGAUGAAGCUAAAGAAUUAGAAAUCAUUGAAUUGGAGGCAAAGAACAAGCUUUUCAUUGAUGAUCUUCCUGAUUUAGAAGACAUAGAAUUUAAUGAGAAUUUGCCUGAAGAUUUAGAUGAAAAGAAAGGCCCUAUUCCAAAAAUUGAAAUAAUUUCUGGAGCAAGUGAUGACAGUGAUCUGGAAGAAGACCACACAAUACUAGCAAUGAAGGAUAAAAUGUCUCCUGAUGCACUUUCUAAUAUAUUUACCAUUUCUAAAGACACCUCCAAGAAGACCAUCUCGCCCCUUUCAGAAAUAUUUGAAACAGAAUCAAAUAGAGACUUGGAAAGCCCAAAGGACCAUCCGAAGUUUUCGGUACCAUUGAUUCAAGAGAUCAGCAAAAAGCUGUUAGAGGAGUCAUCAAUGGCACCAACCUGCAAUGAAAAAGGAAACCCACAACCUCUCCCAAAUGUAGACAAGGAUGGUACUCCAGGUUCUCCCUCCCUGUCAGGAAGUGAUACUUCAAAAUAUAAGGUGAAAUUAUUGACAGAGACUGAAGAAUUCCUUGUGCAUGGGAUCAAGGAAGGCAAUGAAGACAUUGAAUUCGGGCUAGAUUAAAUAUCAAAGAUGGACUUUGUGGGACAUUUAGCCUUUAUUUUCCCACAGGUACACCAGUUUUAAGGGCAGUUAGGCAAAUCUGUUGGAUUCUGGGGUCAUGACCCUAAGAGAUACCUUUACUGCCCACUAAAAAAUAAUGCUGAUUAUUUUGGCUUUGCUCCAUCCCCAGAGAGUACUAUUUCCAGAUCAAUAGCAUGAGGAUGGGGAAAAAAGAUUAGUCUUAGUUAAGAAAGAGUACCAAGUCUUAUACUGUGCCAGGUACUUCUAGGUAAUAGCUAUUUAGAAUGUUGACUUAUUCUUUUAGCCUUUGUAAAAUAUGUAAA